UCUAAAUGCGUCGCUGCCGGGAGUGUGCGGAGUGUUAUUUCACGGAACCGUUUUUUAUUGUGCGUCCAGGCUGUGCCGUGGAGGCGACGGUUUAUUUUCGGACGCCUGACAUUAAGAGUUCACCCUUCACAACAACAUGGCAGGAGAGGAGCCGCAGAGCUGCAGCACCGGACCCUGACUGGAGCUCCUCAGUCGCCCUUUUAUUUAUUUUUAUUUUUUUAACGUGUGAACACUUACUUAAUAAUUCUAAUAAUGGAUAACCUUCACAUGUGCCACUGACGGACACGCCUGUUGUGACCUGUUAUUAGAGAGCAGUUGUGCGCUUGUGGCGGUGAACCAACAUUGUCAUGACCAAAGAGGAGGAGAUCCCCGACUGGGUGGGAGCGAAGGAGUUCUACGACAAGUAUGAGCCCAAGGAGAUCCUGGGGAGGGGGGUGAGCAGCGUGGUGCGCCGCUGCGUCGACAAGCGGACCUCUCAGGAGUACGCGGUGAAGAUCAUCGACAUCACCCCCUCCGACAAGAUGACCUCGCAGGAGAUCCAGGAGAUCAAGGAGGCCACUGUGAAGGAGAUCGACAUCCUCAAGAAGGUCUUCGGGCAGGACAACAUCAUACAGCUCAAAGACUGCUUCGAGUCCAAAGUCUUCUUCUUCCUGAUUUUUGACCUGAUGAAGAAGGGUGAGCUCUUCGACUACCUGACAGAGAAGGUUACUCUGAGUGAGAAGGAAACCAGGAAGAUCAUGCGCGCUUUGUUGGAGGUGGUCCAGUAUCUGCACAGUCAGAACAUCGUCCACCGGGACUUAAAGCCCGAGAACAUCCUUUUAGACGACGAUAUGAACAUCAAACUCACUGACUUUGGCUUUGCGGUGCAACUCGAGCCAGGACAGACGCUCAAAGAGGUGUGUGGGACCCCGGGUUACCUUGCUCCUGAGAUCAUCGAGUGCUCCAUGGAUGCGGGACACCGCGGAUAUGGCACGGCUGUGGACAUAUGGAGCGCAGGAGUUAUCAUGUACACGCUGCUCGCUGGCUCUCCACCCUUCUGGCACAGGAAACAGAUGCUGAUGCUGCGCAUGAUCUUAGCAGGAACCUACGAGUUCUCGUCUCCUGAAUGGGAGGACCGCUCAGACACCGUUAAAGAUUUGAUCUCUCGGAUGCUGGUGGUGGAUCCGAGGCAGCGUUUCACAGCCACAGAUGCUCUCAACCACUCCUUCUUCUCACAGUAUGUGGUGGAUGAAGUCCGACAGUUCACUCCAUACAGAAAGUUCAAGGUCAUCUGCAUGACCGUGCUCGCCACGAUGCGAAUCUACUGCAACUACCGCCGCGCCAAGCCCGUCACCAAGGACGUGAUCAAGAGCGACCCAUACGCCGUCAAGCCCAUCCGCAAGCUCAUCGACGCCUGUGCGUUCAAGAUUUACGGCCACUGGGUGAAGAAAGGCCAAACGCAGAACAGGGCGGCGCUUUUCGAGAACACUCCCAAAACCAUCCUGCUGUCGAUAGUCGCCGAGGGAGACGAGCCGACGCACCACAUCUGGUAACAAGCACCAGGGACAGAUUCACUGGGACUUAACAAGGGGAUGCACUCAUGUCCCCCUUUGUAUAAAAAAACUGGUAAACAUCACUGAAAUUCACAUUAACCAGACAAGGUUGACUUAAGUUUACUUUGCUCAUGAAUUUUGAAAAGAGACUGUUUUACCUCAGAAACUGCCAAGUGUGGCAGACAAGUCAUCUUCAGAGACAGGGAGUGUUAAUAAAUUAUGUUUUCUGUUCAAAAUGUUGAUUUAAAUUGUAUGUCAGGUUUUAAAUGAAUUUAGUCGCUUAACUAUGACAGUUUCUACACAGUAAUAUGCAAACACUGAUAGCUGACACGUGGUUUGAUCCGCUAUGUUCUGAAAUAUAAAGAGAUUAUAAUCCGUGGUUCAGGAGUGGGAAAUGGAUUUUAUUGUUAAAGCAACAUGUUACCACUUUUCUUAUAAACACGUGAGGACUGUGAAACCUUGGCUGCAAAACUAGUGAAGCUGUGAAGGGGGUGACUGAGAAGUUUGUGGUCCGAGGUAGAAGAUGAGGAGUCCUUGUACACGCACAUGUAGUUCAACUCUUUGGGUGAGAAGAAAAGUUGAAGUGG